AGGAAGAAGAGGUCUGACUGAUGAGAGAUUUGAAAGUUGUCUGGUUAUCAUUCCUACUCAGGGAUGGAUAAGGAUGGCGGAAAGCCAAAGACCUUUGUGUCUACUUUCCGGUUGGCCCUGAAGCCUCAAGCCAGAACCUUCUGUGUGGAGAAGCAGAAAGAGGAUGGGCUGAACACCAGUAACAGGACGUUAAUGGGAAACAACAAGCUGGGAGUCUCGUCUGCAACAGAUUCCAGACGGACACGGGUCCAGUCACUUGAACCGCCUCUUCACUUCAAACAACCACUCAGGGACUGUACAGUCUGUGAAGGAAGUGAUGCAAAUUUUCAAGGUGUUAUCACAGGAAGUCAACCUCUGAGCGUUUCCUGGCUACACAAUGGUGAGAGGGUGCCCUCGAGUAAUACUUCCUUCCUAAAUGGUGUUGCCAGUCUGGCUCUGACUCAAUGUAAAGCUGGAGAUGCUGGGAUAUACACCUGCAUAGCUGAGAAUACUGCUGGGAAACAGUCAAACAGCGCUGCGUUACAUAUCACAGCAGCAACAAAGGAAAUCCCCAGAAAAGGCAACCACGAGCUGCACAAUGAGGUCACAUUCAAGGUGGCGUUCCCCGAAAACACCCAAUUGUCCUCAGCGUCUAAAGAGGGAAGACAACACAGAGACGAAAACAAAGUCUCCACAGCUAUCAGAGAUAUCGACCUUCAAGCUAAAGUCUCCACAAGCAAAGGGCCUCCUGUGGAGUUUGUAAACCCGCCAGAGCAGGUGGAGGUUCGAGUAGGAGAGCAGGCCCGGCUCCACUGUGAGUUCAGGAGCAGCUGUGUCCCUGUGGCCUGCUGCUGGAUUUACAACAAGGACAAGGUGGUGUUAGGAGGGCCGAGGACGUCUGUCUGGAGCAGUGAGACGCAAAGCGACGUGGAGAUCUCUCAGGCCUGUCCAGACGACACCGGCUCGUACACGGUCGUAGUACGAAACACAAAAGGCUCUUCCCAGCAUACCGUCUCCCUCAGUGUCAUAGACCGGCCAGACCCACCGGCAUCCCAACCUGUGGUUUCCAAGCUGUCCACUCAGUCCCUGGUCCUGUCUUGGACGGGUCCCAGCUACGACGGAGGCACAGCGGUGCUGGGCUACAAAGUAGAGGUCAGACAAGAGGGCCAGGACGAGCCUGAGAGCUGGACUGAAGCAACAAGCCGCUGUAAAAACACAACGUACCACGUGCGUUCAGGUCUUGAGCCUCUGGUGCAGUACCGCUUCCGUGUCAGAGCCUACAACUCCGCAGGGGUCAGCGACCCAAGCAAGGAGUCUGAGUGUGUCAAGAUGGCAACUGCAAAAAAAGAAAAGAAGGACGAGCCGGACUCUUACAUCACUGUGACCAUUGACACCAAACACAAGGCCGAGGACCACUACAAGGUGCACGAGAAGCUGGGAGUUGGGAAGUUUGGCCAGGUGUUCCGGAUGUCCCACAAAGACACUGGUCAGGUGGUUGCUGGGAAGUUUUACCGAGCCCGAACAUCCAAGGAGAGGGCGGCAGCUCGCAAAGAGAUCGAACUAAUGAACCGUCUUCACCACCCAAAACUGGCCCAGUGUCUGGGUGCCUAUGAAACGCGCUCCGAGAUGGUCAUGGUCUUGGACUAUAUUGCAGGCGGGGAGCUCUUUGAACGCAUCGUGGAUGACAACUUUGAGCACACGGAGCCCACCAGUGCCCGCUACAUGCAGCAGAUUCUGGAGGGUAUGCAAUACGUUCACAAGCAGAAUAUCAUCCACCUGGACCUCAAGCCGGAGAACAUCGUCUGUGUGGAUACAACUGGCACGCGGAUCAAGAUCAUCGACUUUGGCUUGGCUAGUGAACUGGAGGAGGGUAAACCUCUGAUGGUGAUGCAUGGUACCCCGGAGUUUGUGGCCCCUGAGGUGAUCAACUAUGAACCUGUGGGCCUGGAGACUGACAUGUGGAGCAUCGGCGUCAUCUGCUACAUCUUGCUCAGUGGAGAAUCUCCCUUCCAGGGGAACAGCGAUGCUGAGACUUUAGCCCUUGUGACUGCUGCCAACUUCGAGUUUGACCAGGAGAGUUUUGAGGACAUCUCUGAUCAAGCUAAAGACUUUAUCAGCGCCCUGCUGAAGAAAGACCGGAGAUGCAGGCUGUCAUGUACCGAGGCCCUCGCCCACCCCUGGAUGGCCUCUUUUACUCCACUGAACCGCAGACCCACCAAGACUCUCAAUAAGGGCAAGAUGAAACACUUUCUGGCCAAGCGCAAGUGGAAGAAAACUGGCAAGGCUGUUUUGGCCCUACAGCGGAUGGCUAAUCUCUCAAACAGGCCAGACUCUCCUGGCAGCUCCUCAGAGGAGCCAGGCUGGAGCCAAGAGGCAGAGAAGGCCAUCCAGUCGCUGGAUAAGCAGUUUCAGAGUGAACCUCGCUUCCAGCAGGCCCUGAAGGACGCCACCCUUCCCAAAGGAGCAACGGCUCAGCUACAAUGUGUCGUCAAUGGUUAUCCGCAGCCGGAGGUGAAGUGGCUUCAGAAUGAGAAGCUGGUGACUGAAUCGGGCAGAGUGACGAUGGAGCAACAUGAAGACGGGCUCUGCUCUCUGGUUCUGGCUGAUUUGGAGCCUUCGGACUCUGGGGUUUAUGUGUGCAGGGCUGGCAACAAGCUCGGGGAAGCAAUGUGCUCUGCCAAACUGAAAGUGGAAAUGUGACCGGGUGGAGGCUUCUACUUACCAUCUCCUUCGUGUAGAAGGAGACCUUUUCAGAAGUAGACUGAGGUGAACGGUUUGAUAAAGCCUGGACUUUGACGUGACACAGAUGGUGGACUGUGUCACUGUCACACAAAAGGCUGCUGUCACAUAAUUUCAAGGCAAAAAAGGGUGUGUUGUGUUCUUUAGACGCAGAUACCAGAGCCCUUUUGUUUCACAAGCCACCAGUUACUAGUGCACUUACUAAAAAUAAACAAGGGUUGUAAUAUGUUAGUGGUUUUACUUGGCACUAUUCACUUAAAGGUUGUACAUUUUGCACAUUUAAAUGUUUUUUAAAGGCAUAUAUUAAUAAAAUAAACUACUUGGUUGAAAGUGA